ACACUGACGCACACAUCGUCGAGCCGAGCGAGUGCGAGUCGCGCGACGGCGUAGCGGGUCCCGAACUCCGCGAUAACUGGCGUACGCGUUGAGAUCAACGAUAAAACUACCGCGCGCGCGGAGGACGGAAGCUGCACACAAGGAUUGGCGUGUAUCGUCUGUCCCGCGCGCGAUAAUCGACAUCGAGGAUACCGCAUCGGCGAUACGCGAUCUCGGGGGCCCGUCACAAGGAAGGAAGGAACGAGUUGACGUCUGUGGCGCGUGGCAGGGCUCCUGCUGGCCAGUCGUUCCUGUAAACAUGGUGUUUGGACUCGUCGGGCCGAUUGUUGUUCUCCGCAGGACCGACUGAAGGCUCCGCGCGGGCGCGGAUCUUGCGGGUUAAACGCGCGGGUUAAUCGCGGCGCAGCCGCCCCCCCGGGAAGACCGGCGUGUAUCAUGUGAUUCUCUCGCUGGAAUACAACAAGUAUGGACACAUCUUCGUUGCACGGAAACUAUAUACUUUAGUGAGAAAAGUUUGGGACAUCUCUGGGUACUUCACCAUGGAACAGUCGGACUCGCAGCAGACCCAAGCUCUGGUGGUCGAUGUGAUUCAAACGGACGUUGACGCGCAGGCAGCUCCGAUCGCUGAAGACGUGAAAGCCACUUCCAUCGCGCAGAGUGGCCAAGAUUUACCAAAGGCGUGCAAGCUACCGUUGGAGUCUGUUUUAACGGUCGACAACAUUGACGUCCGUGUGGAAGUUUCGUCGGAAGAUCACGCGGACGCGAGCCACGCUGAGGUGUCCGCUAAGGAGAUUGACGACGGUGCGAUUGAUGAUGCGAAAUCUGAGCUGGGGGAGCCGAAAGCGGAGAUCGGCAAAUCGGAGCAGGAGGGAAUCCACGAUGCGAAAGAUAAGGUAAAUUUGAAUCACGAAUCACAACACUUGCCCAACGAGGAAGACCAAAGCCUAAAUGUGAUACCUGAAUCUAAAGUAAUAAAAGAGGACGAAGAGGCAACUGGUAGUCUAGAAAAUGACUGUAAUAUAAUAGGGUACGCGAAGCAGUCCGAUUCCGUAGAUAAGCAGUGUGUAGCAGUAGACGAGCCUAGACUUAGCAAACACGGGGGCCAGACUCAUGACUUGUGCAAGUCAGUCGAAGAAACAGUUAAGGAAAUACAUAACGAUAACGACGGUAAUCAGAACAACUCGGUCGUAACAAAUGCUGAGCUAACUAAGGUAGUGCAAGAGGAAACAGAGGUGGUUGUGGUAGUCGAGACUAUACCGGUCGCCACUGACGCAACGGUGGAUAAUUUUAUUGUCACUCUGAAGGAGAAUGACGCUAAUAAAGAAUGCAGCCAAGAAAAUGCUACUUUACUAGAGAAACAAAUUGCCGAAUCCACCUGUGGGAACAAUGAGAUUGAUCUAAUUGAUUACAGCCAAGGAAGCGACGAUACUAUAAUAGAGGUAACAGAAGUUAUAGACACUCCGCUUGACGAACAACAUAAACAGCAAAAUAAUAUGGACUGCAUAGACGGUAAUAAACACGACACGAAAUCUGUAAAAUUAAUCGAUGGAAAGGUUGCAAUUGACGAAAGUGUAAAUGAUGAGAAUAAAGUAAAAGUGAUUGAUGGUAAAACUUUGACUAGUUCUGAGAAGGAGAAUAAGGAAGAUAUCACUAUUAUUAUAGAUGAGAAGAUCAUAAUUACGGAGGAAGAUUCAGAAAUUACGACAGAUUCGCAAAUUGAAAAUAUUCAUAAAAAUACUACUAAGGAGACGGCUGAGCACAAGCAAGAUGACACACCUGCUCACAAGGUAUCCGCAGUGGAAUCAUCGUCGAAGAAAAGGAGCGUUAUUCAAGAUAUAUUUGACGAUUGGGGUGUCGAGAAUGCGGAUGAAGAUGUGCAAUCAACUUCAAAAGUGCACGACUCUGUCGAGAUCGAACUAAAGAGCCUAUUGGACGAGACGAAGACGGAGCAUACCGUUACGAAUGAAUCAGUCGUGACUCGUCAAGAAAAGAUUCCUCCUGCAAAUGAAGGAUACGAUGAGACGCAUAACAUUGUAAGUACAAUCGAGAAGAGUACAACGAAGCAGUCGAGUGAACGAAUGGAAAAUCAAAAGAAAAAUAAAGCGAUUAACAAGGACGCAGUGUCAUUGAAUAAAAGUGACAAGACUUCUUCCGUAUCGGCUGCGAGCAGCAGAUCUUCACAAGGUAUCGAUACGCGUGCGGUUAACGCGUCGCCGCACGACACCGCAGUUCCUAAAAACCGCUCCCGGCAUUUAACAAGUCAGAUCGCGUCGCCGGCUGAAGUUACGGAGGUGUUGAAGGAGCGUUUCCGCGAAAAGCAAAAGACCGUGGACGCACCGCGUGGAGGAGACAUAUUCUUUGUGAAGAAGCUAACGCAAAGACUAUCCAAUACAUUGGCGGGUAGCCCGAUAAAUCCACAGCAAACCGCCUCGUCAAAUUCACCUCCCUCUUCUGUCGCCGCACAACCGGCAUUGGAUAACUGUGAUAGAAAAGCGGUAGCGGAAAAUACGAUAACGGAAACGGGCAAGGAAGCAGACAAGGAACUGUUGGCUAUUUUAGAGGGUGACGGUGAUCCUGAUUGGUCCAUUUUGAAACCACCAGUCCUUACGGAAGAAAGCAGUUUUUCAAACGUGGAACACUCCGAACAAAGCGGCCCUCCGAAACUAGAUCCAUUGGUCGAACGAGAAUUAGCACUGAAACAGCUCCUUGAAUUGCCCAUGACAUCAUCCAAGAAGACUAUGCGGAAAAAGAAAACGUUCCGAGGAGCGUCUAAUAGAGCGUCUAAGGACGCGACUGCCGUCGCGAAAAAUUCACUUGCUGCAGAACAACAGGAGGAUAAUGUAGAUUUAGCGAGUGAAAAUGCGCAACCAAAUGCAAAAUCUGUCGAGAUUGAUCUGAAUUCUUUACCUCGUGAAAAGAACGAGCAAAAAAAUCAGGAACAGACAGGCAUACGAACGGACGAGUCAAGAUCAGGCAGAAAGCGCAAGCCCACCGAAAAAGCGAGAGAGCACGAACAAAAUACGAUAAAACGGCAGAAAGUAUACAGAGGUAAAGUUUCGAUAAGUAAGAAACAAGUGGGGGAAGAAAAGCCCGUCUCCGAUAAUAGUUUGACAAUUAAAAAUCACAUUGCGACGAGCAGCGCGACGAACGUUGCUGUGAAUAAUGAGAAAACUGUCGCGAAAGAAGUAGCAGAUAAACAGUCCGAGGACAAGGUAGAUCCAGUUUCAAAUAAAAUGGAAGAUUCUCCCGUGAGACGACCAAAGUCGUCUAGUCCUGCUAAAAAAGAACCGAUUACCAAGACGAGAAUGGUUGUCAAGAGAUUACUGCGUCAAAAAAUGCCAAUUGAUAAGAAAUCUGAUCAGUUGAAAACCAAGCUGACCUCGUCGAAGAAAACUCCUCCGAAGACUGUCUCAAAAUCGCCGAAACGGACAGCCCAAGAGAGUCCGUCCGGUGACGUAAAACCCAAGAAGAAGAUCAUAAAUGAGAUAGAUAGAUUGUUACAGGACGAGGGUGUCGUCAAUUUACUGUAUGACGUGGAGCAGCCGGACAAAAAACGCCUAGUUCCCAUCACAAAGUCACGAGCGAAAGUGAUGGACCUGCAGAAGGUGCAGCGUGAACUUAAAAUCAGAAAAAAAUUGGUUCGCAAUGCCGUGUUGCGAUUACGUACGUCGACUGUCGCAGACGUGACGAAGGUGUCGCCGAGAACGAAGAGAACGGCGACCUAUCCGGCUGAGGCUCAAGUGGAUAAGAAGAAAGAGGUAGAACAGGUCGCGUCGCCGAAAACCUCGAACGCCACCUCGCCCACGGAAUUCAUUCUUCCGGCGAAGAUUCGAAAUGCGGCCGACGCGUCCAUCAUCGUCAGGAGGCACUCGUCCAGUUCGUUUUCAAGCGCUUCUGGAAGCCCCCGAGUUAGCGUCGACUCACCCGAGAAAUCUACGGAAGCCUUGGCAAAGUCGGAAACUGACGGAACAAUUCAUUCCUUGAGAUCUGCCAAAAAGAGACGAGAUUCACAAGACGAGAAGAUUAAUAAUGCGAAGAAGAAGAAGAAAACAGUACAAAAGUCCGAUGCCGAUGUUAACGCUGGUACCAGUACCGUCGUUACAACUACCACAGUUGCUGGUAGUAAUACUGUCGCUAAUAAUACGGAAGAAAAAGUUGCGCGUCCCGGUAAGAAAUCGGAAAUCAAGAAACUCGACAAAGUCGGGAAGCAACAGGAAAACAUUCCCGCGGUCGAAGAUAACGUUUCGAGUAAGGUUACAACCAGAUCGUCGAAUGGUGCAGUAACGGGGAAAGUAACAGCCAAGAGCAAAAAGAUUAUGAAAAGCAAAGUGACUUUUACCAGGGCAAAUGAUCUUGAUAAAACUGAGGACUCUUCGAGAGAGGAGGAAUUAUCUGCUUGUCUCGCUGAAGCGGCUACCGCUCUUUCAGUCGUCAAUGCCAGAAAUGGUGCGACCACGCGAAAGAGCAAAGGUAAAGUACACACAAAUAUUGUGAAAACGUUGGAUUUAGAUAGUAACAAAACGAAAACGGAAAUGCAAGGUCAAUUCAGUAAUAAGGAAAUAAAUGUACGCCGACAUGGUAAUCUCGUACAAUUAAUACUUACGCCUUCCUCUUCCACAAAAAUAAGAAAUGCUCUUACAUUGCAAGUGAUGCAAGAAUUUAAAGACGCACUGUCGAUAUUGAAAAGGGAUGACGAGUGUAGGGUAGUACUGUUAACAUCUACGGGGACGAGUUUUUGUGAAGGUCUGGAUCUUUCAACAUUAUUGCACACAAACAAGGAGGAACGACGAUCUGUCGCUCACGAGUUAGCACACGCUGUCAAGGAUUUCAUAAAAAGUUUGGCCACUUUCAACAAACCCAUAGUGGCUGGCGUACAGGGUGCUGCAAUUGGACUCGGAGUGACAAUGUUGCCUCUUUUUGAUCUUGUAAUUGCUAGUGAUAAGGCGACUUUCUGCACGCCUUACGGGAAAUUAGGACAAAUUGCUGAAGGUGCUGCAAUCUUUACCCUGUCACACAUACUAGGCAGUGCAAUUACGAGCGAACUUCUUUUGGGUGGAAGAACUCUAACGGCAAGUGAAGCGUUGAGGGCCGGUCUCGUUACUCGAGUUUUAUGGCCUGAUCGGUUUCAAGUAGAAUUAUUACCAUCGUUGCGGGCUAUGAGUGAUCAGUCGUCACAGUCCAUGGAAGCAACAAAGGCUUUGCUACGUCACAGUCUACGGAAAAAAUUAGAUGCCGCACUUGAAUCGGAAACAUACUUACUAAUUCAACAUUGGUGCUCUGUGGAAUGCCAGACUGCUAUAAAAGCUUACAUUGAUGGAAAAAUCGAAUAAACAACGUGCAUAUACUACUCUUUAUUUGUGGUUCUGCAAUCUGUGUUAAAAAUCAGAAGUGACAAUUGAAUUUGUGAAUAUCGAUGCAGAUGACAAAAAUCGUAUGACAUAUAAAAUCAUACUGUCAUGUGCAACUUUUGAUGUAACAUUCUACGUCAACACACGGUAUAAGAUGUAAUUUAGAUAUAAGGUAUAAAAUUGAGAAUCACUGAAAAAAA